GUGAGUAACAGACUCUCAUCAAAAUUCAGUCAAGAAUUGGAUGCUGAAUUUCAUGUAUUGAUUUUUGUUCAUCGAAGACAGAUACCUCAACAUGGAACCGCAGAACAACAACCACUUUGAUCUAUCAGAUCUUACAGCAGAAGAACAGAAAUUGCUGACAAGCAUCAGAGACAGGAAAGCUAAGCUGCUGAAGGAGAUACAGGAGCUUAAAAAUGAGAUAGCAGAAGUCGCCAAUGAAAUGGAGGCCAUUGAUGUCUCCGAGGACAGCAAAAACAACCCCAAAACAAAGCAAAUGUCCAUUGGAAAGAAGAAAUUCAAUAUGGAUCCCAAAAAGGGUAUUGAAUAUCUCAUUGACAAUGGACUGCUGCCAAAUGACCCAGCAGAGGUGGCCAAGUUUCUACACCAGGGAGAGGGCCUUAACAAGACCGCCAUUGGGGACUACCUCGGAGAAAGACAUGAAUUCAACAUCAAUGUGUUGAAGGCCUUCGUCAACCUGCACGAGUUCUCAGACAUGAUCCUGGUUCAGGCUUUGAGACAAUUUCUGUGGAGUUUCCGGUUGCCUGGAGAAGCCCAGAAGAUUGACAGAAUGAUGGAAUGCUUUGCACAGAGAUAUUGUGAAUUGAACACAGGGGUAUUUACAAGUUCAGAUACUUGCUAUGUCCUGUCCUUUGCUAUCAUCAUGCUGAACACUAGUCUACACAACCCCAGUGUGAAGGACAAACCCACGGUGGAUCGCUUCAUACAGAUGAACCGAGGCAUCAACGAUGGUGGGAACCUGCCUGAGGAACUCCUCAAUAGCUUGUAUGACAGUAUCAAAAAGGAGCCUUUUAAGAUACCAGAAGAUGAUGGAAAUGACCUCAUGCACACAUUUUUCAACCCAGACAAAGAAGGAUGGCUAUGGAAACAAGGAGCUUCCAAAAAAUUGAGUGGUCGAUACAAGAACUGGAAGAGAAGAUGGUUCAUCCUUAAUGAUAACUGCCUUUACUACUUUCAGUUCACAACUGACAAAGAACCAAAGGGGAUUAUUCCACUGGAGAACAUACAAGUAAGAGUUGUGCCCCCUGAGAAGUCCUCCAAGCCAAAUGCAUUUGAACUGUAUGCUGGAAAUAAUGACAUUAUCAAGGCAUGUAAAGUGGACAGAGAAGGCAAGGUUGUGGAAGGUAAACACAAUGUGUACCGCAUGUCCUCUGCUACUGCCGACGACCAGGAGGAAUGGAUCCGGUGUAUCAGGGCCAGUAUCAGUGAGAACCCAUUCUACGAUAUGCUGUCUGCCCGUAGGAAGAAAGUUAUUACAAAGUGAUGAGCUGGCCUGUAAAACCUUGAUGGUAGACCACACACUCUGUAUAUCCUCUCAUACUCAUCUUACCUUGACAAUAUCAUGUAAAUGGCUCUUGUAAGGAAAACCUGUAAUGCUCCCACCUGUGAUUUUGUAGAAUUGCAGACUUGUUUGAUUUAUUGUUGAAUCACUGAAGACUUGAUGAAUGAAAUCCUAGCUUUAAUUCUAUAUAAACUUGAUGGAUUUCCCAAGGAGUCAGCACAUAGGACGUGGUACUUUACUGUAAAUCUUGUUGAAUAAUUCUAACCUAGAUUAUCAAAAUCUUGGUUUGUUGAUGAUUUGUACUCUUGACAAAUGCUGUCCUACAGAUUUUGCUGCUCACCAAUUGUGCCACAAUCCCUGACCAUUGUGCCCCCUUAGCAGAGAAAACCUCCACUGUAUCGUGUCACUGGUAUGGAUAAUGUGUAUUUACAUGUAUUUACCUGGUUAUCGUAUUUAUUCAUUUUACAUGUUAUAUAUUGUUUCAUAUAUUAAUUUUAUGAAAGGAAUUUUUUUAUUCAUUGUGUCAAAAAAAAAUUGCCUAAAGAUAUAAUAAAUGAAAAAAAAAAAUUUUAAAAAAAUUACUAAACCUUCCACUUCUUGCUCUUCAGAAGUUAGAGAUAGAAUUAUACUUGAUUGAAAAUUAUGGAAAACCAAAUUUCUUAAGUUAUAUUUAACAUGCUUAAACAGUAUUUGCAUCAUGUUAGCACUGUGAUAAAUCCCACAUUGGACUUAAAAGCAAUAAUAUGGAUUACAUUUUGGUACUUCUACCAAACUGUAAAGUCAAUAAAGGAGACUUCAAAAAUAUAUUGGAAAUAGUUUGUUGUAUGCUCUACGUAAAAUGAUUCUAGUCAGGAGAAUUGGUUUGAAAGUCACAGGGUUUUUUUGUCCUUGUGUUGAUGUUGGCCGCAAAUACACGAAGCUUUAUUUAUCUUUUUAUACACUGUAAGAAUUUGGUGUGACUUUUCAUUAAGGUGUAUGUUACCUCCCCAUUGCUUAUCACACACUCAGAUAUUGAUAUUAAAAUAUACACGUAUAUUGUAUUUGGAAAGAGUUUCCUUUCUAUGAUCUAAAUAACAAGGGACCAACAUUUACUUAGUGUACCAGACAUAAGAUCUACAUUAGACUAACAGUUUGAUGUUCACCCUACACAAGAUCAACAUUAGGUUCACAAACUAGUAUUCACUCUACUUCAGAUCAAUUCUAUAAUGACAGUGGAGACCACAGUGUCCCCUUGGCUGUCACACACUACAUACAGAACAGUGGAGACCACAGUGUCCCCUUGGCUGUCACACACUACAUACAGAACAGUGGAGACCACAGUGUUCGCUUGGCUCUCACACACUACAUACAGAACAGUGGAGACCACAGUGUCCACUUCGCUCUCACACACUACAUACAGAACAGUGGAGACCACAGUGUUUGCUUGGCUGUCACACACUACAUACAGAACAGUGGAGACUACAGUGUCUGCUUGGCUGUCACACACUACAUACAGAACAGUGGAGACCACAGUGUCUGCUUGGCUGUCACAUGCUACAUACAGAACAGUGGAGACCACAGUGUCCCCUUGGCUCUCACACACUACAUACAGAACAGUGGAGACCACAGUGUCCCCUUGGCUGUCACACACUACAUACAGAACAGUGGAGACCACAGUGUUCGCUUGGCUCUCACACACUACAUACAGAACAGUGGAGACCACAGUGUUCGCUUGGCUCUCGCACACUACAUACAGAACAGUGGAGACUACAGUGUCUGCUUGGCUGUCACACACUACAUACAGAACAGUGGAGACCACAGUGUCUGCUUGGCUGUCACACACUACAUACAGAACAGUGGAGACUACAGUGUCUGCUUGGCUGUCACACACUACAUACAGAACAGUGGAGACCACAGUGUCCCCUUGGCUCUCACACACUACAUACAGAAAAGUGGAGACCACAGUGUCUGCUUGGCUCUCACACACUACAUACAGAACAGUGGAGACCACAGUGUCUGCUUGGCUCUCACAUACUACAUACAGAACAGUGGAGACCACAGUGUCUGCUUGGCUGUCACAUGCUACAUACAGAACAGUGGAGACCACAGUGUCCCCUUGGUUCUCACACACUACAUACAGAACAGUGGAGACCACAGUGUCCGCUUGGCUCUCACACACUACAUACAGAACUGUGGAGACCACAGUGUCCGCUUGGCUCUCACACACUACAUACAGAAAAGUGGAGACCACAGUGUCUGCUUGGCUCUCACAUACUACAUACAGAACAGUGGAGACCACAGUGUCUGCUUGGCUGUCACAUGCUACAUACAGAACAGUGGAGACCACAGUGUCCCCUUGGUUCUCACACACUACAUACAGAACAGUGGAGACCACAGUGUCCGCUUGGCUCUCACACACUACAUACAGAACUGUGGAGACCACAGUGUCUGCUUGGCUCUCACACACUGCAUACAGAACAGUGGAGACCUGUGUCCCCUUGGCUGUCACACACUACAUACAGAACAGUGGAGACCACAGUGUCUGCUUGGCUCUCACACACUACAUACAGAACGGUGGAGACUACAGGAACUGUUGGCCCAUUGGCUCUCACACACCACAUACAGAACAGUGGAGACUACAGGAACUGUUAUCUCCUUGGCACUCACACACUACAUACAGAACAGUGGAGACCACAGGAACUGUUAUCUCCUUGGCACUCACACACUACAUACAGAACAGUGGAGACCACAGGAACUGUUAUCUCCUUUGCAUUCACACACUACAUACAGAACGGUGGAGACUACAGGAACUGUUGUCCCAUUGGCUCUCACACACCACAUACAGAACAGUGGAGACUACAGGAACUGUGGUCCCUUGACAUAUACUACAUGCAUAACAUUUGAGACAUCACCUAGACUCUUAACACACCACAUACAGAUCAUUGUGUAACUAUUAAUUUGUUUUGUAUAAAGUUAAUUUUGGAUCAGUUGGCAUACCAGUAAUAUAAUAACUGAUGGAGGAGAAGUGUGUAUGAAUAGGUAUGGUUUUGUCUGGUAUUAAAGUGAUAGAAAAUGUUGCAUAUGAAGCCACAACAGGACAAUAUUACUAUGUCUUUAUAUAUUGUCAUAUAUUACUGAAGAAAGCUGGGAAACCUGGCAUGUUAAAUUGUCAACUGACAAAAGUCGUCUAGGUUUGUUUCUACGUACAUUUCAGUUUAUGAUUUAUAUGGAAUUUAAAUUGAAAGUUCAGUGUAAAUGCCAAUGUGUGACUGAUGAUUUAGUAAGUGUGUGACAAGUUGUUUGACAAAGUGUGACAUGUGUGAAAAAUUAUAGAAGAUAUGUGUCUGUUGUGUUUGUUGGAAUGAGUUAUGUGUUGGGUAGAUUGACAGUUGUGUUAUGUUGGAUUGAGAAAUGUGUCUUGUAGAUUGACAUUUGUGUGAUGUUGGAAUGAGGGAUGUGUCUUGUAGAUUGACAUUUGUGUGAUGUUGGAUUGAGGGAUGUGUCUUGUAGAUUGACAUUUGUGUGAUGUUGGAUUGAGAAAUGUGUCUUGUAGAUUGAUCUUUGUGUGAUGUUGGAUUGAGAAAUGUGUCUUGUAGAUUGACAUUUGUGUGAUGUUGGAUUGAGGGAUGUGUCUUGUAGAUUGACAUUUGUGUAAUGUUGGAUUGAGGGAUGUGUCUUGUAGAUUGGAAUGUGUCUGGUAGAUUGACAGUUGUGUGAUGUUGGAUUGAGGGAUGUGUCUUGUAGAUUGACAUUUGUGUGAUGUUGGAUUGAGGGGUGUGUCUUGUAGAUUGACCUUUGUUUGAUGUUGGAUUGAGGGAUGUGUCUUGUAGAUUGACAUUUGUGUAAUGUUGGAUUGAGGGAUGUGUCUUGUAGAUUGGAAUGUGUCUGGUAGAUUGACAGUUGUGUGAUUAAAAGAUACCAAUGUAGUUGUAAUACUGUUGUAUGAAUAUGUAGAUGUUAUCCAUUGUGUUCGAUAUGUGUAGAUUAACACUUAUAUGUAAACUAUCCUACCCUGUAUAGCUCAGACUUUGUGGAAGAUAUAUAUUCACAUAAAGACAUGUACAUAUGUUAUUAAUUAAGACACAGAGCUGUCAAUAGCUCAAAACAUAAUGUUUAUAUUGUUCUUCUUGGUCAUUUAUAUUUUAAGCACAUUGCAUGGUUUUGAAUGACAGACCAUCUUAAUGGGUAAGCUGUGAUUUUGAAAUCAUAAAAACAUUUGAAUGACAUCCUAGCAAGAGUUAAAAAACUUGAAAAUUGAUAAUUUGAGGUCUGACACUAAAGAUAUUUUAUUUCUAUGGAUUUAUUUAUCAGCCAGAUGAUAUUUUUCACUUUUGAUGCCCAUACUGCCGGAUCUCCAACACUAUUGCACACGAUUGGUGAGGGUAACUGGCAAACUGCACAGAAGCUUAUCAUUUGUGUUAAGCAUGUGAUGACUAUGCAUUCAACAUCACACAUAUAGAUCAAUCAAAAUUAUGAUAAAUGCAAUAUCACAUUUUAAAAUGUAUUUGAUUGGGGAUGUAUAUUGUCUAGUAUUGUUUUAUAAUAAAUUAGCAUGUAUUCAUUUUUGUGAAAAUGACAAUUUUUUUCACAGGUAGCGAUCAACAUUUUACAAAUGUAUGCGGAACACCAAUUCAAAACAAGUACUACAUAUAUCACUAAAAUAAAUUUAUAACUCUUAAA